AUGGUAUCUCAGCAGGGUUUGCUCUGGAAGUUCAAGGGAAGUACGGCGCCGUUUACGGCUUUGACCUCCUUGACGUUGCCCUGCCAAGUAAAAGUCGCUAGAGAGGCUCUAAAGGAGAAGCUAGGCCUAUCAGAGUCCACAGCCAUUGAUUUUGUGCUUUACUUGGAGGGGACACCCGAAGAAGUGGUUUCUGACUACUUUAUGCUCCAACCAAACUCCAAGGUUUACGCCAGAAGAUGUAUGGCAUCGGAGGCAUCCACUCUGAUAUCGGCUGCGAAUUCACAGUUCUUGGAACAGCACCCAGAGGAGCUCGAGAAAAUUGAACGAGAGGAAGAAAAGGAUGAAGAAGCGGAACAAGUUGAGAAUGAAGGGCAAGAAGAGGAUGAGGAGGAAGAAGACGAAGAUAGCAAGAUCAGUUCCAUUAUUCAGGAGCAAAACUUUUACGACAGCGUUGAUCAAGAGUCGCUAUCCAGGAGAUAUUAUCGCAAUAGGAUGCUUCUAGUUGGUCAAGGCGCUCCUAGUGUCCCGGGUACUCAACCUUCUGUCUCUACUACUCAAAGCGAAUCUGCGGCCGUCCCACAGCCCGGAGUUCAGGUCACACAAAAUGAGUACGGAGAUGCAGUGUUGGAGAUUAUAAAGGUUGAUGCAGACUACAUUUGCCACAUGUGUGGAGAGAAGGGACAUCAUAUAAGGAAUUGCGUACAGCCAGAAGGAAAGAGGCUGUCAAAGAAGAUUAGAUCUGCCACAGGGAUACCAACAGAUUUUUUGACACCAAUCAGCCCAGACGACAUUUCAAAGUACGACGAGGUUUACAUUUUAAAAGACGGUUCAUUCGCAAUAAUGAGGGAGAUAGAGUCGGUUUCCGGAGGCGCAUUUUUUACAAAGACAGUGGAUCAGCGUAUACAAACUCAACUUGGAAUAAGUCAAGAAGAAUCGCAAAACAUGUCCAAAGGUUUCAAAUGUACAGUAUGCAUGUGCUAUUUCAACAACCCAGUCACAACCUUGUGCUGCGGUGAAACAUUUUGCCUAGAUUGCAUAAUUGGCAAACAAAACAAUUCCAUGGACUUUGGAAAAAACAUCACAUGUCCCACAUGCAAAAAGAGCAUCAAAAUGACUGACUUGCAGUCCAACACAUCUUUGAAAAAGGCCGUACAGUCUCUCAUCUUGGGAAAUAUAGACGUUUUAAAGAAUGCAAAGGUAUCGGCUUCGAGUACAUCAGAAAAGAGAAAGCAACCAGAAUCUGAUCAGACACCAAAAAGUGCCGCCAAAAAGUCGUCCAUCGACCCUUCAAUUCUACAAAAGCAAAAGAAUCUCGCUGCAAACUACAUUGCCCAGUAUUUGAAAAAGUAG